AUGAUCCCUUCUCUCAAGACCAUUGCGUUGGCGCUGACAGCAACACUCGCGUCAGCCCAAGUCGCCCCAGCCGAGCUGCAAACUGCAGGCUUCAACUCCUCCUUCGCCUUGUUAUCCGCCCAGAUCGAAGCAGCAAGCCUCUCCGACAGCACGGUCGCCAGUCUGAACAAUGUGGUCCGCUAUGACCAGUCGCAACUCGCCAACGGCGGCCCUGCAGAGGACGACUUCUACACCCUCCCUCUCCUAGAGAACACCACGCAGCCCCUUAAGGCCGGGACGCUCUUGAAGGUGCAGUCUUUCACCGACACAACCAACUAUACGCUACCUCCCAACACGGCACUCUCGCGCAUCAUAUACACGUCGACGAACCUCAACGGCACCGUAUUGCCCGCCUCGGCAUUCAUUUUCUGGCCCUUCCAACCGCCGAGGCGUCCUCAGCGCCCGUCGUCCUCUGGACGCACGGCACAUCCGGCUUUUUUCGCCUCCAACGCGCCGUCCGCGCACCGCGCGCUCUGGUACGGCGACGCCGCGCCCUUCGCGCUCACCCUGGACGGCUACGCCGUGGUAGCCCCCGACUACGCCGGCCUCGGCAUCUCGACAUCCUGGGACGGCAGCCCCAUCCCGCACCAGUACCUCGCCUCGCCGACGAGCGCGCACGACGCGCUGUCCGCCCUGCGCGCAGCCCGCAAGGCGUUCCAGGACCUGCUGAGCGACGACUACGUGGUCAUGGGCCACAGCCAAGGCGGCGGCGUCGCCUGGGGCGUCGCCGAGGUCCUCGAGGCCGAAGCAGAUACGUUCGCCGACCUCACGCCGGGCUACCCCGGCAUCAUCGCCGGUAGUCCCACGACCGACGUACUUAGCGGUAUGGCCCAAUUCAUUGUGCCGUGGGUCGGCAUGAUACUGCAGGGCAUCUUCCCCGACUUCGACAUCGCCAAGUGGCUGACGCCGCUGGGCAUCGCGCGCGUCGAGCUGCUGCGGGAGAUCGAGGGCGGCAUCAGCGCAUCGCAGCAGCUGUUCCUCACGGGCGAGGAGGUGGUCAAGGCCUCGUACAACGAGACGUGGUACGUGGACGCGUACGCGCGGCUGGCGAACGCCGGGCGCAAGCCGUUCCGCAGCCCGAUGCUCGUACUGCAGGGCACGGCCGACGGGUAUCGAUCUGGAGUUCGUCGUCGUGGAGGGACGGGCCACGUGCCGACGCUGGAUGCGACGCGGCCAGUCUGGAUGCAGUGGAUCAGGGACAGGUUUGAGGGCAAGGCCGUGGCGCAGACGGGGUGCGUGACGACGCACUUAGAGAGCUUCUUGCCUAUUGGGCAGUACCAGGCUACGGGCAAUGCUUUCCUGCAGUGGGCAGGCGCGACUGAGUAUGGCUUUGAGACGCCCUUGGGGCCGUGA